AACUUAAAAAUGAAUUGGACAGGUACAGAAGGAGGACGAUAUUCUCUGAAGGGGACAUUUACGUUAAAACAAAUUAGAGCUGCCACAGAUGAUUUUAGUCCUGCAAACAAGAUUGGAGAAGGUGGUUUUGGUCCUGUCUACAAGGGUCAAUUAUCUGAUGGUACAUGGGUUGCAGUCAAACAACUCUCGUCAAAGUCCCGACAGGGAAACCGUGAAUUCUUAAAUGAGAUAGGCGUGAUAUCUUGUUUGCAACACCCUAAUCUUGUGAAACUUCAUGGAUGUUGCAUUGAAGGGGAUCAAUUGAUAUUGGUAUAUGAGUACAUGGAAAAUAAUAGCGUGGCCCGUGCUUUAUUCAGCUCAGAAAAUCAGCUUAAACUUGACUGGCCAACAAGGCUUAGAAUCUGUAUUGGGAUAGCAAAAGGUCUUGCAUUUCUUCAUGAAGAAUCAAGACUCAAGAUUGUUCAUCGAGAUAUCAAAGCAACUAAUGUGUUGCUGGACGGGAAUUUAAACCCUAAAAUAUCAGACUUUGGGUUGGCUAGGCUUGAUGAAGAGGAGAAGACCCAUGUCACCACCCGAGUGGCAGGGACAAUAGGAUAUAUGGCAACAGAAUAUGCAUUAUGGGGUCACCUAACUUACAAGGCUGAUAUUUAUAGUUAUGGAGUUGUGGUCUUGGAAAUUGUUAGUGGGAAGAAUAAUAACAGUUACAUGCCAAGCGAUAAUUGUGUUUGCCUUUUAGACAAUGCAUAUCAUCUGCAGCAUACUGAAAAAUUAAUAGAACUGGUGGAUGAAAAGUUGGGAGCAGCGGUAAACCCAAUUGAAGCAAUAAAGUUGAUGAAAGUAGCUCUCAUAUGCACAAAUGCAUCGCCGUCACUGAGGCCUACAAUGUCUGAUGUUGUAAACAUACUUGAAGGAAGAAUGAGCAUUCCAGAUACUAUCCCAGAACCAAGUGCUUUUAGUGAGGAUCUGAGGUUUAAAGCCACGAGGGACAUCCAUCAACAAAGAGAAAUUCAUAGUUUGAGCACAAGCAAAACAGACAAUUCAACAGGACUCCUUACACUUAGCUCUACCUCAGCAUUUGGCAAUGAUAUACAUGAGAUAUGCUCAGAACCGUAAUACAUUAUAACUUAGGGAGACCAACUGUAAUGAUCAUUAUUUUAGCAGAUUGUAGAGAUUUCACUCUAUUUUUAUAAUAUAUUGACAUGAUGAUUUCAUAAUGUAGACCGUAGUGUGUGUUUCUU